AUGCGCGUAGGCGACGAGGGCGAGAGCUUCGUGACAGUGGAGUCGUGCGGGGACGAGUUCCUCGCCAUGCUCGCUGACCUCGCGGACGAGGGGGACGACUCCGCGGACGCGCAGGCGGAGGCGGAGGCGGAGGCGGAGGCGGAGGGGGAGGCGGAGGCGGAGCGGGGGGGGGAGGGGGAAGAGGGGGAGUGCCCCGAUCUGGACGAUCUGGGCCACGUGGCGGUCGAGUUGGAUGAUGAUGACGAUGAUGAUCUCGAGGGUGAUCCAGUGGACGCAUGGCUCUGGACAAGGCUGGGCGGUACGGGAGAUGUAGGUGGCUUGAGUGGUAGAGAAAGCGGUGCAGCGCGACGAAGUACGGUGCAGGGCGAGGAUGCGAGGUGCAGGCGAGUGCGGGCGGAAGGCGGGUCUGCUGUUACUGAUGGUGCGGGGAGGAUGCGAGAAGGGGCCGAGGCCAGGGGGCGAGGAAGCGGGGUAGCGGCAGAGAGGGACUGGGGAGGGGAGGAGGGGGGUUCGGAAGUGGGGAGGAGCGAGUGGGAGAGGGAGCCAUGGGCGUGGGAAGAGUUGGGGGAGGCCAUGGAUCUAGGUCUGGAGGAUGAUGGGCAGACCGAUGCGUGGUCCUGGCAUCCACAGCAGCAGCAGCAGCAGCAGCAGCAGUUGAGAGAAAACAUCGGAGGAGACAAAUGCGCCCACACUCCUCAUCCACACGUCCCCAACGCCACCCCUUCCUCCUCCGCUUCCCCGUAUCCCUCUCCUCCCCCAUCAUCCCUAGCACCACCCCCACCAUCCCAAGCGCCCCCACCAUCAUCCCAAGCGGGGGCAUCAGCAGCAGCAUCAUCCUCUGUGUUGCUGUACCACGAGGCACUGCAGCUGGACCAGGUGGACCUCGCAAGCGCUGCCGUGUUUGGCCACCGCCGCCUGAGGGACGGCCAGAGGCACGCGUGCGAGGCUGCUCUGGCGGGCAGAGACGUCUUUGUGCUCAUGCCCACUGGCGGGGGGAAGAGCCUCUGCUACCAGCUCCCAGCGGUGCUAUCCCGGGGAGUGACCAUCGUGGUAUCGCCUCUCCUCGCCCUCAUCCAGGAUCAGGUCAUGGCACUGGUGCACCACCACGGCGUGCCCGCCGCCUUCCUCUCGUCCGCGCAGACAGCAGCACAAGCAGCGGCGGUGGCGAGGGAGCUGCGCAAGGCGGUGCCGUCGUGCAAGCUGCUGUACGUCACUCCUGAGAAGCUCAUGGGCAGCGCUGCCCUGCAGAGCAUCCUCCGCGGGCUGCAUGGACGGGGCAUGCUGGCUCGCUUCGUGGUGGAUGAGGCCCACUGCGUCAGGUGGAAUGAUGGGGACACGGGGAUGAGGGGAGAUGGGGAGUGGGGAGGCACUGGGCAGGGUGCGGUAAGAACGUUGGGGUGCAGUUGCUUUCGCUUUCUUUCUUUCUUUUACCAUUUCCUAGUUCCCUCCUCCUCCACUGCAACCACUUCCUCUCCCACGCCUCAUGACCCUGGACACACUCAGUUCGUCCCCUUCACCAUCCCCCCUCGUCCCCUCCCCCUUGCGCUUCCAUGUCAUCCCAUGUCCGCCUGCCUCUCAUCCCCCUCCUCUCCCCAAUCGCCCUUCUUUCACUCAUCCCCCUCCCCUCCCUCCCCAUAUCCCCACCUCCACCCUUUCAUGCUCCGCCUCCCUUUCCGCCUACCCCCUUCUCUCCCAUGUUUCCCCCUUCCCCCUCCCAGCCAGUGGGGGCAUGACUUCCGUCCGGAGUAUCGCCAGCUAGCGUCCCUACGCACACUCUUCCCCGGCACACCCUUCCUCGCCCUCACUGCCACCGCCACCCCCGCCGUGCAGAAGGUGGGCAUGGAGGGACCAACUCUGGUAAGAGAUGCCUUCCUUGCUCUCACCUCCACCCACAACUACUCCCCCCUCCUUCUCGCUCUCCCCCUCCGCUUCUCCUUCUCCCACAAUCUCUUCCUCUUUUCCCCCCUCCCCGCCGCUCCCCACUCUCCCCCCUCCCCCUCCUUCCUCCCAUAUCCUCCCCCCCUCCUCCCUCAGGAUAUCACAUCAGUGCUGCGAUUCCCCCCAUCAUCAGCGCACAUAGCCCUCUCCUUCGACCGGCCCAACAUCAGCUACACAGUGCUGCCCAAGCACCCCUCGCACCCCCUCGCACACCUCGCCGCUCUCGUCUCCGCAUGCUUCCCCCCGUCCGCAACUGGUAUCAUCUACUGCCUCUCCAAGCGCGAGGCUGAGAGCGUCGCGGAGUAUCUGCGCUGCCCCCCACACCUGCGCCCAGACGCUGGUAUUCCUGAUGCUGAUGCUGCUUCUGCUGCUGGUGCUGCUGCUGCUGCCGCUGCUGGUGCUGGUGGUUGUGGUGCUGCUGCUGCUGGUGCUAGUGCUGUGGGAAGGGGAGGGGCGGAGGGAGAGGAAGACGUGGAAGGAUGGGAGGUGGAUAUGGAGGGGGUGGGAAGGGGAGAGGUGGAGAGAGGAGGGAUAUCGGCAGAGUGUUACCACGCGGGCAUGGGGAUGCGGGAACGAGUGGCUGUGCAGGGGAGAUGGAAGGACGGGCGCACGAGGAUCAUCUGUGCUACCAUAGCGUUCGGCAUGGGCAUCGACAAGCCUGAUGUGCGGUUUGUGAUCCACAACAGCAUGUCCAAGUCGCUGGAGAACUUCUACCAGGAGUCAGGCAGGGCGGGCAGGGACGGGCUGCCUGCCAGCAGCAUCGUGCUCUUUGCCCGCCGUGACUUCUCCCGCGUCGCCUGCCUCCUGCGCCGCUCCGCCUCCUCCGCCGCCCGUGCCGGUGGCAGGGGUGGGGGCGGUGGUGGGGCGGCUGGCAGGGCAGCGGCGGCGCGGAGGAUGCAGGAGGAGAUGGAGCGGGCGCGGGAAAUGGCGGAGUUCUGUGAAGAUAAGUCCAAGUGUCGGCGACAGCAAUUGUUGAACUACUUUGGAGAGCAGCAGCCAUGUGACACAUGCCCCCCUGAGUCCAACCCCUGUGACCACUGCCGUGGCGUGCACACUCUUUCUUCCACCGCCGCCAUUCCUGCCACUCGCACGCCUGCGUCCACAACCAACACCACGACUGCCACUGCAGCACCACCUGCCGCUGCCAAUGCCACUGUUACUGCCAGUGCCAGUGCCAAGGGAGGUGUUCGUAGGGGCAGUGGCAGCAGGACAGCGGGUGCAGGCAGGAGGGGCCAGCAACGUGGCCGAGGGGGGAGGCGGCAACAGCCGAGGAAGUAG